AUGGCUGGCCAUGAAAGAAUUAAUUCCCCAGCAUCAGUUGCGAUUGCAUCCCCAGUACUAAUGCAAUGUCUUGCUCCGCUACUUCCUAAGGAUGUCAGCUUCAAAAUAUAUCACCUCUCGACACCUCCAACCCGAACUGCUGCAAUCUAUUCGGCCCCUCCAGGAGCGCGCCCUGAUCGGACAUACUGCGAAAGCCACUUUCUCUCCGUGUCAAUCCAGACUCCAGUUACAGCCAAUGGACCUGAAUCUACAGAGGUUUUGGUUUACGCCAUAGAGACUCUGGUUUAUUCGACCGCAUACGAUACAACAUUCUUCGUUUCCAAAGCGGACUCCACUGGAUACCUACAUCUAUUGGAGUUACCAAAAGGGACUCCGUCGCCGCUAAAGAAUAUCACCGCAGCCUUUUUACAGUAUCUUGUUGAGCAUCGUGAACGUCCCAACAUCCGCAGCGUUGUAUCUCUCUUCGCCCGAGCCCAAGACCAAUAUCUGUUUCCAGGGAGUGUUGAAUACAGUGGGAAACAUGUCUUGGACGACCGUGGAUUGGUUCGGUGGUGGUGUAGGGUGCUAGAUCCAUUAAUCCAGGAAUCGCGGAGCCCCCCUUUGCCAAUAUCCUCACAAUGGGAUACCGUGAAGGGGUAUCUGAUUAUUCCCGGCCUUGAUGCCCGCGAAACCAUGUCGUUUAUUCCCAAGAGAGCAUCAGGUGAAUCUUCGCCCUGGACAAUUGGUCAUCCACUUCGCGUCGUGUCAAGACACCCCAAUGAUGCACCUCCGCGGUGUUUGAUACCACAUUUUCCCGAUGAUCCAAAGGCAAGGUUUUUAGAUGAGCUCGACGACGAGGUUACAAAGGGACAGGAUAGCUCGAGCGGCCAAUGGAGAAGUGUGAAAACAGUCGAGCAAUUUUGGGAUAUGAUGGCCUUCCGACAGGAGUGCUCUGCUGGGAGGUUAGUGGGAUUUAUCUGGAUAGUAUUGGCGCCAAAAUCUCAGCGCAAACCUGCAGAGAUUUCUAUCGAAGGCCAGCCUGCAGAAACAUAUGAUAAUGGCAGCAAGAUAGGGAGACCAAAUGAUCCGACGUUCCCAAUAACACCAUCAACAUCCUUCACGGCACCAAGCCAGACUAAACAAACGAGCCCAUCUGUUAAAUCAGAAUCAUACGGAUCUCCUCCCCCUAGCCAGCAAUCUGCUACGUCUUCCAGGUCUCGUGGCCCUUCUAAAAGAAAGAAGCUUACUGGCACCAUUAUCCCAAGAGAACCAAGGGCCAAAACCCAGAACACAAACUCUUUUGUAGAUAGAUCUGAAUCUACGCCAUACUAUAGCUGGCCUGCUCAAGGCAGAGGUCAGAUCAUAAUGGAUGAAUCAGACUACAAACGUAUCACUGAGCUACUCCUCCGCCUAGAUUUUGCGAACUUGGACCUGGCCGCAUCUAGCUCAAGUCGGUGGAUUAACGAGGUUGCUGCUUCAGGAAAUUCGACCGAUGCGUGGGGCCAGACGGUCACCGGAGCACAGUCCCUAGAAAUCCAGGACAAGAGCAGUGCCGCGGGAGUUAAUACCCUAAGUGUUGGACUAGUCAGAAAGAAGAGGAAAGGUGGACCAGAAGACUCGAGAAAUGCUCCUCUGGUCCCAACAGUUGAUGUACCAACUCCUUCUGUCAACGUUUUGGGCGCCAACAUGAUAAAGAAGAAGAAAGCAACAGCUUGA